AUGUUUUUCAGCCGCAACGUCACCUCUGAAAUUCUUCACCCUUCCCACAUCAAAUCUUACGGUGGGGCUUGCAAAUGGGUUCUCAACAUCCUCGUCAACCGGCUCGAAACAGAGUCCCAAAUUGACCAAGAUUAUGUGGGGGGAAGAGGGGUGGAGGCUGAGAGGGGGCGGGGUGUGUGGGGGUAA